AUGGUCGAGAGUGAGGCACGUGCUGAUUUCGAUUCUUUCAAUCGCACAAUCCCAUGUAUAAGUGCCUUGCAAUUAGAGAAACAGUUUCAAGUUGUUUACACAAAUGUGAAGUUCAAAGAAGUACAUGAGCAGUUUGUGAAAAUGAUGUCUUGUAAUAACGCUCUUCUCAAAAGUGAAGGUGCGAUUUCUACCUUCGAAGUUGUUGAAUAUGUUGCAGUUGGAGAUCACUUAAUAGAAAAGAUAUUUCUUGUUUACUUCAAUGAAAAUGAACUCGAAGUGAAGUGCACAUGUGCAUUGUUUGAAGUAAAAGGCAUCCUAUGUAGGCAUUCACUGUUCGUGUUACGGACAAAGAAAGUGACAACUUUGCCACAAAGAUAUGUUCUUGACAGAUGGAGGAAAGAUGUUAAGCGAGAGUACUCGAAGGUUAAGAGUAGUUAUGAUGCCAUUAGUGAUAAUCCACAUGCCCAAAUACAUGACAAAGUGAGAAACAAUUUGAAAGAAUUACUGUCGCUCACGUCAGUAAACACGGAGAAACGUUGCAUAGAACUAAUGGAAAAAAUUGAUCAAUUAAAAGAGUUGUGGCGUUGCGAAAAUCAAUCUUUUGGCAUUCCAGCUACUGUCGCAUCUUCUAGCUGCAAAAAGGUGCUUAGUCCUGUGAAGAUUGACUGUAAAGGGAGACCACGAACAAAGAGAAAGGUGUCUGUUAUAGAAACAGUGGUGAAUAAAUCCAAAGUAUCGAGCAAGCCACCAAGAAACAACAAUGAUAAAACGAAGAAACAAAAAAAUCAAGCCUCCAAAUCAACGGAAAAUCAAGACAACACUAGUCAAUCUCCAUUGCCUUCUGUGCCUUCUGCAGCUCACGAUCAUAGUACUCAGGAUUCCGUCGCUUCGUCAUCGACAGUUGCUCACACGUUCAGUGGUCACCAUCAUUCUAUUCUUUCUCAGGUUGAUAAACGGUGGGUCUUGACUAUGGAUCCUCUGCCUUUGAGUCAAGAAGCUAAGGUGGUUGGAAAGACAAGCUUUGCUGGUAGCUUCCCAGGGUAUGAUGAAUAUGUUCCAAUGGUUGACAAGGCAGUUGAUGCGAGUUGGAAGAAGCAAGCAUCCCUUCAGAGGCCUUGUACUUCCAAAGUCGUAGGGGUUGAGAUACUCUCGAGGCACUGGAUUGCUCAGUGCACAUUGCAGCUGUCCAUUACAGGUAGACUCACAUUUCAAAGGAUCUUAUGUACAAGUAUUCAGUUGGAAAAACAUGAAGAUUCCGGUGUGGAUUUUGUUGAAAAUACCAAGAUUGACAAUAUUGAGCUACUAUAA